GGGACCCCCGCGCCCCCGGCCCGGAGUCAGGCGGACAAGCCGGUGCUGGCAAUCCAAGUCCUGGGCACUGUCAAAUGGUUCAACGUCCGGAAUGGUUACGGAUUCAUCAACAGGAAUGACACCAAGGAGGAUGUCUUUGUUCACCAGACAGCCAUUAAAAGGAACAACCCCAGGAAGUUUCUACGCAGCGUUGGAGAUGGGGAGACUGUGGAGUUUGAUGUCGUGGAAGGAGAGAAGGGUGCAGAGGCUGCUAAUGUCACUGGGCCUGGGGGGGUGCCAGUGAAAGGCAGCCGCUAUGCCCCCAAUCGACGUCGAUUCCGCCGAUUCAUACCCCGGCCUCGCCCAGCUGCCCCCCCACCCAUGGUGGCAGAGGCUCCCUCAGGUGGGACAGAACCCAGCAGCGAAGGGGAGCGGGCUGAAGACUCCGGGCAGCGGCCCAGACGACGGCGCCCACCGCCCUUCUUCUACCGCCGGCGGUUUGUGCGAGGCCCGCGGCCCUGCAACCAGCAGCAGCCCAUAGAGGGCACCGAUGGGGUAGAACCCAAAGAGACAGCCCCACUGGAGGGGGACCAACAGCAGGGAGAUGAGCGCGUCCCCCCACCCAGAUUCCGACCCAGGUACCGAAGGCCUUUCCGCCCCCGGCCACCCCAGCAACCUACCACAGAAGGUGGGGAUGGUGAGACCAAACCCAGCCAAGGCCCCACUGAUGGCUCCCGGCCUGAGCCCCAGCGCCCGCGAAACCGCCCCUACUUCCAGCGGCGCCGGCAGCAGCCUCCUGGCCCACGGCAGCCCACAGCCCCAGAGACCUCAGCCCCCAUCAACAGUGGGGACCCCACCACCACCAUACUGGAGUGAUUCCAACUAAAAAGGACACCCAGGGCUACCACCCGGUAUCUGCCAGUUUUUCCAACUGACCUGUACCCUAACCCAGCACCCCUCCCUCCUUUCCCAUAAUUCAUGACAUCAAAACACCAGCUUUCCCCCUUUUCCUUGAGACUCAGGAGGGCCAAAGCAACCACCUUUGCUUUUUCCUAUCCCCUACCAAGGGCCAAGAGAAGGGAUCCAUUCUUACUGUUCAGAGGCACCAGCUCCCUCCCCUAAAUCAGGCUGAGAAGGAACCAGCCAGCACUUACCUCCUCCUGGUUGUUUUCUUUCCCACCCCAGUUUAUUUUUCAUCCCCCUUCCUCCCUACCUCCGAAGCCAGUUUAUGAACUGUCAUGUGCCACCUGAGCCUCGAGUAAAAACAAAAACAGGCUCUCC